CCCCCGCACUGCGCGAGGAAAUACUAAGGACUUCGGCCUUGCGAGCUCGGAGACUCGCGAUAUUUUACGACUGUGUUUAGUGGGCUCUGGUACUAGAAAAUAGGUUGGACACACCAGCCCUACGUUUCAAGCCAGAGUUCCUCCGUUGUCUCUACCGUACAUGGCUGGGUUCAGCGUACGGAAUGCAUACUACCUUCGCGUAUCAGCAAGUUCAGUGAUACCUCUGUAUCUCUACCUCGAUGAAAGACAUGUAGAUUGGAUGUCGGACACAGUGCUACAGCAUGUUCUGGCUGAUCUGCGACCACUUGUUCUGCCAAAGUUACAAGCCGAGAAAGACAUCCACUUUGGUCCCGGGGCCUCGAGUGGGAGGAAGGGAGCGGUAGACGUUCAUCGGGGAGAGACUUAUCAGGCCGCCUUUUUCUUUCAGAAGACGGAACCUCAUAAUGUAAUCAUUAAGCUAACUCGGUUGUAUUGCUUCCAAACGCCCCCUGACACCCUUCAGACGCGUUCAUUUGUUCCAGCACCUCCACCUGCUUUCAAGGCCAAUAUACCCCCAUCACAACCGGAAAAGUUCAAGACCAGAAGUGGGAAGAGGAAAGGCAGAGCGUCGGAGAAUAAGGAUGCUCGAGCAGCUUCUGGCCGCAAGAAACGGAAGAUGAAAGGCAGAGCUCGAGGUUAUAGUGAUGAAGAGGACGAGGAAGUGGAGGAAGUCAUAAGCCUCUCAGAUGGCGACAGUGAAACAGAAAAGAUACCAGGAGCUUCUCGAGAAACUCCUGCUACGACUCGACGCUCGCAGAGAAUGAGAAAGGUUUCUGUCGGGGGCUAUCGUGAAGACGUCGAGGACUCUUUGGACAUUAGUCCUGAUGAACCCUCGGAUGUGGAGAUGGCUGUUCUAAUGGAGACUACCCAGCAAGACGAGGUCCCUGCAGAGCAACUCAGCGACCACGAUGUCCUGGUGAUGGAUCACAGCACUGAAACAUCAACCACUGUUAAACAAGAAGAUACAGAAAAUUCCUUGGAAUCCACUAUGGAAACCACUCUUGAUCCAGAAACCGUCGUAAUUACUUCUGAGCCAAGUCGACCGUUCAUAGAGAUCGAUGACGAAGACGACAAAAAGGACAAGCUAGCACUGAAGCUCAAAUAUCAAGGGUUCAACAUCUUUGGCCGUUGUCUCUGCGUAGUCGUGGAGCCAUGGCCUCCAAUUCGAUCUGCUACGCGAGCACCAUCCACAAUGCCUUUGACAAACGAAGCAUUAAGAGGCUCGACUAUCGCACCCCCUGAUUUUGUGCCUAGCAAUAACAACCAAAGAGCCCGCACACCUCUCUUCCUGCCAGAGUUUGACAGAGGUAGAAGCCUGACUCCCGCUCCUUUUCCUCGAGCAAAGACCUUGCCCCCAGUUCCCCUCUUCAAUGACUCUGCCUCCGAUUCUGAUGAUGAUGGCUGUGAUGAUCUUAUGAUAUUUAGCCAGGCACUCAAUGCAGCUGGUGGCAUGCACGUUGCAGCUGCAGAUGACGAUGAUGAAAUAGACGGAGCGGUAUUAUUUGGGGAUGCAGAUGAGGUGAGGGAGUUUUCGUAG